CGUCAGAUUGUGUUGAUGUUUUGUGGACUGGACGGCUGAACGGGAAGAGGGAGACGCUUCUUGUUUUUGUUCAACUAAACCGUCGAAAAGGAGCCAAGUCGGGUUUUAUUUCGGUGUUUUCGGUUCGUAAGGAGCCUCUGCUCGGUUUAUUUAACCGAGCGGCCGGGCCGGAGGGCGAACACACCGAACAGUUUGAUCCAGAAAGGGAGGACUCGUCACCCUCUGACCCCCUCCCUGCCUCCCUCACACACACACACACACACACACACACACUCACACACACUCACACAGCCACCAUGACAAUUCUCCCGAAGAAGAAACCGAGCUCUGGGGUCGGCGUGUCGGAUCACACCGAUGACAGUGACCGUCGCAGCAGCUCCGACCCUCACCCUCACCCUCACCCGGGGCGGACGGGCGCCCGGCCGAGGGCUUCACCUCCGCCCUGGUCCUACCAGCCCGCUCCGCCCUCAGCGAGGGACGACCGGCGGAGCAUCGAGGCGAGCUCCCGGCCGCAGCAGGCCUCUCCGCCGCCGGUCGGCUCUGUGUCUCCGGUGGGUCCCGUUGACAGUCGGGACAGCAGCGGCGGCAUGGUGUCCGGGUCCCGCGGGGAACUCGUCGUGUCGGCGGGCGUCGUCGGUUGCGGCGGAGCUAUCGGCAGCUGCUGCUCCGGGCCCGGGCUUAGCAAGAGGCGGCGACAGGCAGGCACCUGCUCCGGCGGGGUGGUGGCAGCUCUGGCCGGUGGAGGCCAGCCCGGGGUAACCGGACCGGGUGGAGUGGGGUCCAGCCAGGAAACCGAGGAAGGAGCCGGAAACAACAGCGAAGACGAGUACGAGAACGCGGCCCGGCUGCAGUCCGUGGACCCUGCCACCGUGGAGCAGCAGGAGCACUGGUUUGAAAAAGCUCUGACAGAAAAGAAAGGCUUCGUCAUCAAGAAGAUGAAGGAGGACGGAGCGUGUUUGUUCAGAGCCGUGGCUGAUCAGGUGUAUGGAGACCAGGACAUGCAUGAAGUGGUCAGGAAACACUGUAUGGAUUACCUGAUGAAGAACGCUGACUAUUUCUCCAACUACGUGACAGAGGACUUCACCACAUACAUCAACAGGAAGAGGAAAAACAAUUGCCACGGCAACCACAUCGAGAUGCAGGCGAUGGCUGAGAUGUACAACAGACCGGUGGAGGUGUACCAGUACGGCACCGAGCCAAUCAACACGUUCCAUGGCAUCCACCAGAACAACGACGAGCCAAUCAGAGUGAGCUACCACCGCAACAUCCACUACAACUCUGUGGUCAACCCCAACAAGGCCACGAUCGGGGUCGGACUGGGACUGCCGGCCUUCAAACCGGGGUACGCGGAUCAGUCUCUGAUGAAGUCGGCCAUCAAGACGUCGGAGGAGUCGUGGAUCGAGCAGCAGAUGUUGGAGGACAAGAAGAGAGCGACGGACUGGGAGGCCACCAACGAGGCCAUCGAGGAGCAGGUGGCCCGGGAGUCGUACCUGCAGUGGCUGCAGGACCAGGAGAAGCAGGCCCGACAGCCGCGUAAGGCCAGCGCCACCUGCAGCUCGGCGACGGCGGCGGCUUCCAGCGGACUGGACGACUGGAGUGCCCGGUCGCCGCGGCAACGAGACUCGGACCCCUCCCACUCGGACCUCACUACCGCCCCGUCGUCCAACAGCAGCAACAAGCCCCCCUCCCCCGCCGGAGCCGCCCUCAUCCUGAGCAAACCCCCCUCCCCCUGCGCGCCAGGUCCCAGUAAUCAGAGUCGUCAUCAUUUGGAGUACAGAGCCAUCAUGCAGGAGAUGUCGCCCACAGCCUUUGGUCUGACAGACUGGGAGGACGAUGAGAUCCUGGCCUCGGUGCUCGCCGUCUCUCAGCAGGAGUAUCUGGACAGCAUGAAGCACCAGAGCUCCUCCAUGCAUCGAGAGAGGGAGCCGUCCCCCGACAGCAGCUGAUGACCAGCCGCAACACAAGCACACACACACACAAACAAACACAACAAUGACCUUGACCUCCUCUCCUGCCUCACCCUCCAACCCCCCCUGAACCCUCACCCUCACCUCUGCCCCUCAGAAGGAGAUCGACCAGGGAAAAAAAAUAAACAUCAAACGAAGAAAUGCACACUUGUUUUUUGUUUUUCAGCUCAUCCGCUCUUCAUCAUUUCCUCUCCUCUUUCCUUCCCCGUUUCCUACCCUCCUUUCUACUCCCGUCUCAUCACCUUUCCUUCUCCAUGACACCCUCAUGAUCGAACUUCAUCGAAACAACGAGCCGACCUGUUCUGUCCUGGUCACCGCUCAGAGGAGCUCAGUCUUAAAGCUGAUUCAGGGUCAGUUAUGACAUCAGACACCACGUCGAGCAGCCUCGACUUUUGAAGUAUGUUCCGUUAGCUCUGUGGCUAAUGAUGUCAUAGGAUUCAAUAGGGAAGGCUAAUCAGCACUUAAAAAUGGUGAAGUGUAUGUCGGCGAUCUUUAUGCUACUAGAGCGAGCCGUCACCUGAAGUCUUACGUUAUUACCAUCUUAGCUCACCGCGGUUUCCAGGUCCAACGAGAUGCGUUGCUGCUAGCUUAGUUAGAGAUAGCGUUAUGGUUUUCCGAUGAGUCCAACUCCUCUUGUAGCUCCUGCUGGCCGCCUUUUUCUUUUUGAGGAAUAGUAGCCCCAUGCUUAUCAAAAAGUUGAACGCUAAAGGUACCAGGGUUGUCACGCUAACAGAUUUUUAAACUUUGAUACAAAUACUACAACAAAUCAAAACGAUAUCGAUGCCUGUUUUGUUACCACGGCAACAAAAAGAAAAGUCCCAGACAUCUAUCACUGGAUCACCGGAUUCUUGUUUUGAAUCACCAAAAGGAGACAGACUCUAGUGGACACUGGAGGAACUGCAGCUGUAAAGAAAACAGUGAAGUCCUCGGUGCACAUUAUUGGGAACUAUCUUUCACACGGUCUAAAUUGGCACCAUUUGGGUACCCAAUCGUUGUCCAAUGUGUUUGUGUAAUUUAGACAGCGUGCAGGAAUACGCCUGCAAUGUUUGUUGCGUUCUUUCCUCCCCUGUUCCACCCGCCUAAUGAAGAAGUCAUUUUGUAGUUUUUUUUAAAGCUUCAGCACUUUUUCGAUACUACUGGAUCAGUAAAAUAAGAGAUUAUUUUGUUUUAAAAACGCGUUGUAUCAAAGUGUUGACAACCUUAGUUACAGGCUAACAACCAGAUCAUGUGGUCAUCGUCCUCGCCGCUUCCUGAGGCCGUCACUGUCACCAAACGCCAGCCAGCAGCGACGUCACGCUCCUGCUUCUUUUCUCUUCCUCCUUUUUCGUCUUCCUCCUCCUCUCCUCCCUCCACAUCACCUCCAUCAUCAUCAUCAUCAUCAUCGGACUUAUUUAGCUGCAUGUUUAAUUGACCACGACCAAUAUCAUCAUAGUGAGAAAAAAAAAACGACAAAUAAAAAAAAAGAAAAUUUGAGAAUUGUCAUACUUAUCCUCUUAAUGAUUGAUUAUUGUUGUUAUUAUUAAUAUUAUAAGUUUGUUUUAUUUUAUUUUCUUGUUUGGGAUGAAAAGAUCUUUUUUUUUUCUUGGAAUAAAAAGAGGAAAAUGUUUCUGAAAAAA